AUGGAUACGGCUCAACUCGGAACGGUGGCUACUGUUGCUGGUGGAAUGAUUCUCGCGUAUGGUCUUGCGAGAAUCGGUGCUACCGUGUUUCAGGAAUUGCGAAAUGCAGUGUUUGCUAACGUUGCGCAAAGGGCCAUUCGUAGAGUUGCCAAGAAUGUGUUCUAUCAUCUGCUCAAGUUGGAUUUGAAUUUCCAUCUUUCGAGACAGACUGGCGGUCUAAGUCGAGCUAUUGAUCGUGGUACCAAAGGAAUAAGUUUUCUGUUAUCUUCAUUGGUAUUUCACGUGCUUCCGACGGUUCUUGAGAUUAGCCUUGUCUGUG